AGUUUGAAACCCUAGAAAAACAUUUUCCUUCUCUUUUAUAUUUGUUCUUAGAAAUCUCUUUCUCUUGCAAAGAGCCCAUCAAAAAGAGAGUGGGAAACCAGGAGGGGCUUAAGAGAAACCCUAAAACAGGUAUUUAUUCAAGGCAAAAACAAAAGGUACGGUGGAGAAGGGAAAAGACAAGGAAAUUCUCAGAGGCAAAUAGAGUCUCAUCAAAACCUCAUUCUAUUACACAGUCAAAAAAUUAUUAAAAGAAAAAUCAGAAGAUGCAUUCGAGCAUGUAUAAUGAUCACCCUAAAUUUAGGUAUAAUCUCAGAGAAAGGUCGAGUAGCAUGAAGCAACUCCAUUUAGGGAAAAUGGCAUCAAAGGGUCUUGAUUGGUCACAGUCUUCUUCCUUUGGGAAUCAUAGCCACUUGAAUAAUUCUAUAUUAAGUGUUGACAAAAAUUUGCGUGAAUGUAGUGACUUUACAACUUCAAGUCUAAUGUUCAAUUAUAAUGUUGACAUACAAGUUCCUAUUGGGCCACUUUUUCAAGCUGAAGUACUAGAGUGGACUGGAGUAGCUUUAGAAAGUGAUGCGAAAUGGUUGGGUACUCUUAUUUGGCCAUUGGAAAAAAAUGAAUAUAGUUUUUUGAUUGAAGGGGAUCGAAUUGGAAAAGGAAGACAAGAUUCAUGUAGUUGUCAAAUUCGAAAUUCUUUACAAUGUGUAAAAUUUCAUGUUGCUGAGAAAAGGUGGGAAGUAAAGCAUGAGUUAGGACCAGCUUUCAACCAAUGGAAUUUUGAUAAGAUGGGUGAAGAAGUUGCAUUUGGUUGGAAUGAGAAAGAAAAAGAUAUGUUUUCAUCAAUAGUGAAGUCGAAUCCUCCAUUAGGAAAAUGUUUUUGGGAUGAAAUAUACAAUCAUUUUCAUGACAAAAGUAGGGAAGAAGUUGUUUGCUAUUAUUUCAAUGUCUUUCUUUUACAACAUAGAGCGUACCAAAAUCAAGUUGCUCCCAAUAGCAUUACCUACGAUGAUGAGGAAGUUGUAUUAGGACCGGAAUCAAUUGGUAAAGGCAUUGGGCCUAAAUCUUACACUUCCAUCUUAAUUCCUUUAAGGAAGUCACAAAAGAAGUCAAAAGAUGCUCUUCCUCAAUUUAGUACGGAGCACUUUGACAAAAGAUGGAAAAGUGGAAGUCCAUUUAAAGAGAUAUCUGGAAACGAAUCUUCCAAUGGUGAAUAUUUUGUUUUAUGCAACAACUUAAAAAGGAAGAAUCAAAAAAUUGAUCACACCUUUAAUCUCUAGUAGUUUGGAUGCUUUUGAAGUUUUUUGGUCCAUGCUUUUUUGUUUUCAAGCGCUCUCUCUCUAUUUCAUGUCCUUUAUCAUUACUUGUAAACUUCAUAUGUAUUUUUGUCAUCUUUUUUUUCAUUAAUCUUUUAAACGAAAAGUUAUGCCUUUUAGUGUGUUUAACAUUGCUUUUAGUUGCUCAAAAGUACUUUUUGACAGUAAAAGCAAUGCUUAUCAAAAGGUUUUUCUUUUCCAUCAAGUGCAUUUUAGAGCCAAACAAAGGAGCUAGGUGCUUAUCAAAACAAAUUUUCAAUCUAUUCCUAAAUAGUCCUAAAGGUGUGGUUAGCAUUGUUAUUGGUUGUUAAUAAGUAAUUUUUAAUAGCAACAACAAUGCUAAAUAGAGGGUUUUUGUUGUUCAAUAGGUGCUUGGAACCAAACCAGGAAGUUGCCUAUUGAUGCCCUAUUCUUUAUUGUGUUUGGGAUUCCAAAAAUGUUUUUUCACCAUAGAAGCAAUGAAGAACACUUGGCUUUUAGGGUUAAAAUUGUAGUCGAAAAGUAUUUUUUCACCCAAAAGUAAAAUAUUAAAAUUAGAUGUUUUUAACUUCUGUAUUUGGAAGUGAAAGUUAUCAAGAUACUUUUAUUUAUAUUAACUAUUUAAAAGAUGUAUAAAAAUUAAUUUUAUAAAUAAUUCAAAUAUUUUAAUACUUUGAUGGGAUCCGAUUGUUAACUAGAGAAACAAACCUUAUUUAUGCGCUUCCAUAUCUAUCGGAUUGUGAUAACUUUUUUCUUCACAAGACCUAGUUCAUUUUGUUGGCAAUCUAGUUUAGUAACCCACUGUAUGACCCAUUCCAUGAAUUGUGGAAUGAUAAUUCUAUCAACUCGUAUUCCAUGAUUCAACCCAAAUUAGGUUGCAAGUGCAAAUGUACAUGUGCGAAAUAGAUGGUCUAUAGUUUCCUGCUCAACAUGGCAUAACGAGCAUGUGUUGUCAAUGUUCGGUAUCUUUUGUAUUAUUUUUAUUUAAUUGGAAGGAAAUCAAUAAUAUCUUCAUUCCAUAUUUGAAUAUCCAAGCCUCGAACGCAUGUCUCGUCCUUACAAGAUACUCUUCCAAGUCCAAAAAUCAAUUGAUUUGGCUAUUACUUGCAAAAUGUUUUGCUUUGUGCAGUCUUUUGCCAUAAGGAUUAAAUUGUAUAUUUUUAGGAUAGUAAAAAUGUAAUUUUAUCAUUUUAAUAGUUUAUAUCUUUAUGUUUUUUGAUAGAUUAAAUCAAAUUUUUAUCAUUUUUGGGGGGACAAAAUGUAAUUUUAUCAUUACUAAUUUAAAAUUUUAUAAAUUAUAAAGGGUUUAAAUGUAAUUUUUUUAUUUUAGGGGGAUGGGGCCCUUGUUAGCCCCUUGGCUCCGCCAUUGGUCCUUUACAUAAAACCUCGUGGGUUAGUAAAUCUUCACCAUGCUUGCUUGCUCGGCUGAAAGGGUUUCUUUCAUUGUCUGAGAAUGGUGAAUUUUGAGACCAUUGAGUUACAUAGGUUUACAAAUUUUCUCCCACCUAUAGAGGUGUAAUCCUCGUUUAAGAGAAUCAUGGCCCUACCAAAAGGAUCGUACCAUUGUGUUAUGGAUUAAGUGUUGAUUUUGGUGUCUAAACACAUGAUAAAUAGUGGAGGGGAAGUGAUGUUAGUGAUGAUUUUACUAGAGUUGGACCAGGCUUUUGUUCAAAAGUAAUUUGGAAAAUUUUAUUAUUUACGAAAAUGAUUUGAAAUCUACAAAGCACCUUGGUGCUCAUCAUGCCCUAACAAUUGCCCCCUUUAAUAAAAAAUAAUUUUUGGUGCCGACAUUGUAUUCCUCGGCAUUUGUAUGUAUUUUUUUGAAAUGCCUUUAAAAAAUAUGGUAUUCCAUUAUUUAAGAAAAAAUAAUAUUUUAAUAGGUGUUAGUGUUUAAGUGGUUGGCACUGGUUCAAAAUUAAAAAAAAAAUAUUUUUUUGGUGCCAACAUUCCCUUUGCUAGCAUUGAUGUGAUUUCUGCUUUUUUUUUUUGCCAAUAUG